AUGUCCUCUGUAUCAAGGUUAAUAUUGAUAAUUUUACUAAACGAGGUAUACGCGCAUAAUACACCAGAUACCGAGGUAAUAUUGUUGCCAGUAUGGAACUCAAAAGGUGGUGCACCGGAGAUUCCUUUAACUUUCAAAGUCUUUGGGCACUUGAUUCAGUUGAAUCUACGUAGAAACGACAAUAUUACAUCAUCUCAGUUUCAAGUCUGGAAACACAAUGCCAAGGGCAUCGCAGAAGAAUUGUCGCAGUUAAACGCACCGGAUCCUUGCUAUUAUCUUCACAAGAGUCAUGUCGGUUCCGCAGCUAUAAGUUUUUGCCAAGAACAUGGAUUGCACGGGCUCAUCUUUCUGGAAAACAUUACAUUGGAAAUCACGCCUUUGCGAAACGGCCUUGCAUCUUUACCUUUACUCGUCGACGACCGUUAUGUCAAGGAAGAAGAAGCCGUUCUGCCGUUGGGUGAGCCUCACGUGGUUAAGCGAUCACCGCCGAGACCGCCCAUUGAUUUAGAUGUUGAGACGAAGCGACGUGAAAUACGAGAUACGAAAGAAAAAUUAACAUUAGAGCUGGCAGUCUUCUUCGAUGAGGCUGCGUAUCGUUUGUUCUCGCCUUUUCUGGAUGGAGACGAUGGGAAGAUUCGUGACAUGUUGUUAGCGUACGUGAAUGGUAUCCAAGCGCUGUAUCAUCAUCCGAGUCUCGGUGCCUCAAUCGACAUAUCAUUGAUACGCUUAGAUAUUAUUCAGAGGCAGCCACUUGAUUUACCGCACUUUGGUGGCGAGAGAGGUAGCUUGUUGGAUUCGUUUUGCAAUUACGCCAACGUUCGCAAUCCUCCGGAGGACGCACAUUCCCGUCACUGGGACAUGGGCCUCUACGUAACUGGACUGGAUCUUUACGCGAUCGAAAACGGAAGGAGGAACGGCGCUACCAUGGGACUAGCUACCGUCGGUGGUCUAUGCAUCCCGCGUUAUUCCUGUGUGAUAGCAGAAUUGGGAGUUACGGAUCAACUUGGAAAGCCUUACCCAUCCGCGGGCUUUACAUCAGUUUAUAUCGCCGCCCACGAGAUUGGCCACAACUUAGGAAUGCCGCACGAUUCGAGCGGCAAUGCGUGUCCAAAGGAUGGCUAUAUAAUGUCACCCAGUAGAGGCGUUCGAGGUGAGACGGUUUGGUCCGAUUGUAGCCGUGAGGUGGCUGAGACGUUGUCGCAAACGAAGUCUUGUCUCCUGGAUCGGCCGGAGCCACGAAACACCUCGGAUACACUCGCACACGAUCAUUCGCGAUAUACGGAUUUACCUGGGAGGGAAUGGACCGCCAAGAGACAAUGCGAGUUACUUCUACGCGACAAGGACGCGGACGUUGUUACAUUGUAUCAGGCUUGUCAGUCUUUGCAAUGCGAAACGCCUCACAGGAGUGGAUAUUAUUUCGCAGGGCCGGCGUUGGAUGGAACUCGGUGCGCGCCCGGCAGAGAAUGUCGCGGUGGAGAAUGUCUAUCUAUUGCCGAACCGCCGAAGUUAUCCGGCGGCCAAAAAGGUAGCUGGAGCGAAUGGAAGGAAGGUUCCUGCAGUAGUGGUUGUUUGCAGAGAUCUAAAGGCGCUCGAGUUAGACGACGAUUCUGCGAGAAUCGAAAUAAUCGUCUUAGAUCAACGGCGAGGGAUUGCAAAGGGCUGUAUUACGAUGUACUCUUGUGCAAAGAUGAGAAACUUUGUAAGAAGAAACGCAGGACGAUUGACGAGUUCGCUACGUUCAAGUGUGGCCUUUUCGGGGAAAGAUUACCGAAAUUGGACGGUACGGCGAAGGGAUUGCAGGCGGCACACGAAGCCGACAGGCCAUGGAUGGCUUGCGCUAUAUUCUGUCGACGAAAGGACAUUGCCGCUUAUUACGCGCCACGCGUGGAAUUAAACGAUCUUGGCCUCGAUCCAUACUUUCCAGAUGGGACGUGGUGCCACGCCGAAGAGGGCCAAGAUUACUUUUGUCGUCAGCAUCACUGUCUGCCGGAAAACUUUCGAUUCGGCCAAAAAUUCGGCGGCGGCUUGCCGAAGGUCUAUCGAUACGAGGGCGAGGAUGAGAACGAGGAAUUGGGACCACAAAACGCACAUAAUCGACUUGGAAUCGUCGAUCGGUCAAGUGUCAUCAAGUAUCUGACAUCAGGGCCAGACGGUAUACCUUUGUUGACUUCUGUAUCGCGCGGCAUCGCUUCUCCAUUUGGUGAAGAUGAAUGGAUCGACAAGGAUUAUAUCGAAUUACCGCCAUUCCUAUCCAAGUCCAUGCCUUAUCCCAUGGGCAUUGAAGAAAAAUAAAGAACGAAUAAACGGAGCAAAAGGAUCGACAAUUAUAUAUAUAAUCGAGAGACAAGGUUGUUAUAUUUAAGACGCAAGGAGAAAAGUAGACCACUACGUAAAGUGAAUUCUCCCGAUUUGUACGAGAAGAUAUUUCGAAAGAUAGGACGAGAAAGAGGCGUUAUGACGUCAUCCACUUCACCAUCUAUUUUAAGAGUGUCCCGAUGUUAUAUUCGUAUUUCUAUAGGAGCGCGGGACGGAGAAUCGAGGGCAAUAAAAAUGUGUAUCGUACAACCUAAUAUUUCUCAUAUUAUUUAGCGUACAAAUAAUUAAUCAGUUAUUAAACUUAGGAGCAAUUACAUAACAAGAUGUGGACUCGACAUUAGAAGAAACAAUCGAGCCUAAUAUAUAUUCGACAGAUUGUGUCUUGCAAUAUCUAAUGUAAACAAAAAUUUUUUUCUUUAUAUUAUAAGACAGAGUGUACGACAAAAAUGAUGUACAAUAUUCGUUGCAAUAUCUGAAAUUUUCGUCUCACCCUUUCUCACUCUUUCCUUUUUCUUUUCUUUGCUUUCGAUAACUCUAUAAGCGUGUUAUAUCGCUGAACAGCGUGUCACGUGUCACGAGUACAUGAACCUCGUUUAAGUGAAACGGAUAAAAUUUCUGAUAUUGCACUUGCGUUAUUCUACAGCCUCCGUACAUACCACAUGUAUGUACCCCUAGGACAUACACGCACAUACACGCCCACGCAUUCACAUGCACAUACGCACAUGUGUACAAUGGAGAAAACCAAGUAAUCCAGACACAACAAUGUGAAAUUAGCGAAUAUAUACCAGAUUCUCUAUAAUAAUUUUAUAAUUUAAUAUAUUUAUAUCUGUGUGUGUGUGUGUUUAUACUUUUAUGUCUUAUACUCUUUAGUCGAUAUUGACUAAAACUAUCGUUAGAGACCAAUCACGCAGCUACAUAUAGACAUCAAGUCGCUGAAUUUCAAUUGAAUUAAAUUUCGAACGUCGAAGAAAA